UCGGACUAUAUCGUGUUUGACUCUGCACCGUAUUACCUGUCCAGUCAGAAUUUGAAUGUCGAUACUCUGGAAACUGUCAAUUAUGACCGAGAUGCCUUUGCAUGGGCCCUCGGAUUAAAGGUCGACCAGUUGCCUCUCCUAGCUUCCUUACUCGGCAAUGACGUGAUCCAUUCCCACGACCUGUUGCUGUUUCACCGGAAAAUAUGCAAAGAUUCCAAGUUUGUCGGCAGACCGAGGAUUGAGGAUAUUGUCCCGAAAGUGAUUCACUUCAUGAAACCAUUCGAAGGCUCUGCCUAUUCUUUGUCGCAGUCCGUGUUGAAUUCCAUUUCGAAAAAUGUCUUCGGGGACACAUCUCGAGGCAAUUUGUUCCAGCAAAGUAUCUAUUCUUACGCCUUGUUUCAAGCUCCUCCACCGCCGAUUUUAGUCGACGAAGCUGCUUCGAUGAGUUUAAAGCACCCGACGGAAGACCUUUUGGAAGCAGUGGAAAAGGAACAUAGAAAUUGUGCACUUAUCCCCUACAUGCACUCGGUUCUCGCCCCGCCGCGUACCUGGGAAUCGAGCAGUGCCCUGGAAGACUAUGCUUCGGAGCAGCCGUCAUCAGCCCUCAUUUAUCGACCUUUGCGACAGCGAAUAUACAGCAUUGUGUUGGCAGGGGUUGCAGAGCGAGAAGCGGAACAGGGCCGCGAAGCACGUCUCCAGGUGAUUGAAUGGUGCGUUUACAAGGGCAACAAGCUGGAGAAGCCGGAUGUGGUGGAUGUAGUGCCGAUGCCGGAAGGUACGAAACCGGCCGAGGUCCUGUGGUUGGAUGAGCGACCGGAAGUG